AUGGCGCUGGUUCCCGGAAGAAAGACGGCCACAGUGUUCGUCGGAAACAUUCCUUACGACGCCAGUGAAGAUGAUGUGCGUGCUCACUUGAACCAGGGUGGCAAAGUGGAGUCCUUCCGCAUGGUGUUCGACAAGGAAACGAUGCAGCCAAAGGGCUACGGAUUCUGCGAUUUCGCAGAUCCUGAGACGGCUGCCGCUGCAAUCAAAGUCCUCAGCGAAAGAGAAUGCCAUGGGAGACUACUUCGUCUGGACCUUGCAGAUAAUGAGCUGGCUCGUGGAAUGCCUGCAAGAGGGGUGUCAAAAGGAGGAGAACCAGGUAAGACUUCCACCGUCUUUGUGGGAAACAUCCCAUAUGAUGCCACGGAAGAUGAUGUUCGUGGGCAUUUGUCCCAGGGUGGCAAAGUGGAGUCCUUUCGCAUGGUUUUUGACAAAGAGACCUUGCAGCCUAAAGGCUACGGCUUCUGCGACUUCGCGGACCCAGAUACAGCUAUCACAGCCAUCAAGAUCCUCAGUGAGAAGGAAUGCAAUGGAAGGUUGCUCCGACUAGACCUUGCCGACAACGACCAGUCACGCGGUGCCCCUGCACGUGCCGCUGCAAAGGCUGGUAGUGGCACCUUGGCUUUGGUGGGACCCGAGGCACCCAGCCGACCUCGCCAGCCUCAAGCACCACCUGCGCCCAUCAAAACAUCGGGUACAACAGCAGGCAGCGGUGUGGUCACUCCAAGCACAGUGGAUCCAGCCGCCGCGGCAGCUGCUGCACUGGAAGAUCCGAAUGUGCCAGCUGACACCAUCAUGGCAUCAGUCGCAGCACACACUGACAUUGUGCAGACCGUGGCCUCAAUGCCACAGGCACAUCUGCAGCUUUGCCUUGGAACCAUGCAGGAGCUAGCCAAAGCUUCGCCCGAGCGGGCCCGCGCUGUUCUCUUGGAGCAUCCGCAGCUUUGCCAUGCACUCCUGCACGCCCAGUUCCUCCUUGGGCUGAGCCUCGACCAGACCAUGCCACCGGGCAUCACCGAGACGGCAGAGCUCCGGGCUGAGGCGGUGCAGCGAGCAAUGUCCAACUCCAAGACCUUGGCCGGCGCACGGCGGGGAGCCGUGCCACCUGCCAGAAAUGUGAACGCGAGUGCCCCUUACCCGAAUGUGAUCAUUCCCAGGCCUAUCUUACCCGGGAGUCUGGGACCUCCUGGAAUGCGGCCCUGGUGA